AUGGCUGAGAUAGGCGGAGGAGGGUCAGCUAAUGGACACCAUGGGGAGACGGUUGAUAUAAAAGAUGAACCCGUCUCUUCAACCGCCAAUUCUUCCUCCCUUUUCACUAUCCCUUUCUGCCAAAAGUUGGUAGCCGAGUUUCUGGGAACAUAUUUCAUGGUGUUUGCAGGGUGCGGGGUGGUGGCGGUGGACGUGGAGAAGGAUCAUGUGAUCGGUCAAGUUGGAAUUGCCAUCGUAUGGGGAGUGGUGGUGAUGGUGAUGAUCUACUCCGUAGGCCACAUCUCCGGUGCCCAUUUCAACCCUGCGGUCACCAUUGCCUUUGCCUCUUGCAAGAGAUUCCCUUUAAAAGACGUUUUUGCAUACGUAGUUGUUCAAAUCCUCGCAUCAACUCUUGCAUGCGGAACACUACGAUUAGUAUUCAACUGGAAACACAAUAAUCUAGGUGCAACAAUCCCUGCGGGAUCCGACCUCCAAUCGUUGGUGCUGGAAUUCAUUAUUACAUUCUACCUCAUGUUUGUUAUUUCUGGGGUUGCUACCGACAAUCGUGCUAUAGGGGAGGUUGCAGGACUUGCCAUUGGAUCAACCAUUCUACUCAAUGCCAUGUUUGCAGGGCCAAUUUCUGGGGCAUCAAUGAACCCAGCGAGGACCCUAGGCCCAGCCAUUGUGUCUAAGGAAUACAGAGGCUUAUGGGUUUACAUAUUGGGACCAAUUAUUGGAGCUAUUGCGGGUGCAUGGUCAUACAAUGUACUCAGGUUCACCGAUAAGCCUCUCCGUGUCAUUGUCAACAAUGCAUCUUUCCUGCAACGUAGCAAUGGACGAAAUCGAGCCCAACUCCUAAGCCCAGAUCUGCGGAGGGGUCAUCUAAUUUACAGAUCUUCACGCCUAAAUAUGGAGUCUCAGACCCAAGCUUCUCCCAGCAAUGAUAACAAGCCAAACUCCAAGUGCCCAGAUGGAUGGACAUGCGCCAUCACCAAAACUGAGCCAUCUAAGAUUGGUAAACCAUUCGCAAUAUGUGAUGGAAGUGGUUGCACAUGUGUCACGUACGUAUUAACUCAGACAGUGGAGAGCUCUGCAGUUGAAGCAGCCAAAGCAUUCUGUGAGUGUGCUGAAGGUUGGUCUUGUGUUGUAUCCAAAUUGACCGAAGGCUCUGAAGCCGGAAAGACCUAUUUUGAGUGUGGCGAAGGUUGCAUAUGUGUGAUAGAUGAAACAAACAACGUGAAGGUUGUGUGUGCUUGAGUUUUGCACCAUGUGGUUGAUAUUCUAAGUGAACAAAGGGAAGAAGGAACCAAAAAGACUACACAUAUUAUUAUGUUUUUCCUAAAAUAAGCUCCAUGUGUCGUGUAAAAAGUAUGUGAAGUUUGUGUUAAUUUAGCUGCAGUAAUUAUGGUGUGUGUGUGUGUGACAAAAGACUAUUUAAUUGGCUUUUCAGAGGUUGAGGAGGAAAGUCAUGGUUUUUCCUAUGCAUAAUAUGGUAGACUUUAUUGUUGAUAAUCUGGUCAUUCACACAAAUUGUUAAAUACUCGAAAUAAUUACAAAUAUCUUUUAGGCGUAUUUUUUAUAGCAAUAUAAAUAGCUAAAAGAAACUCCC